UAUUUAAAGCACAAAAUGUUUGUGCUUGUCAUUGCCUAUCUCUAUAUCCCUGCUUCUAGUGCUCUUCCUUGUCAUCCAACUUGGUGUGGUGUAUGCUAUUCAUCAUCAUCAUCAUCUAAGAUGCAGAGAAAUUUCAUGAGGCUGCUGAUGUUCUUUCUGUGUUUCUCAUAUGUUCUCUCUGUCUCUGCUAUUCCUGCAACAAGAACCCAAAAUUUGAAAGGUGAAGAAGAAGAAGAUUUUUCAGCCCUGCCUUCUUUAACUAGGGUGGAUCAUGCACUUGGAAAUGGUGAGGUGGUGCUCAUAGACAUGAAUGAAGGAUUCAUAGAGAGGAGGGUUGAUUUGGAAACCCAAGACUAUGAAGGGACUGGAGCAAAUAAAGAUCAUGAUCCAAAAUCCCCCGGAGGACCUUAAUUAAUUAAUUAACCUUAAUCCCAAAAACGACAAAGUGCUUUACCUUAGUUGCACCCGAAAAUGUAAUAGAGGAUCUAUAUGUAUCUAUUUUUAUAUGUUUAGGUCUUCUCUUGUAUAAUCAAAGAUACGGUUUGCUUUCCUUUAUUUAUUUAUAUAUUUCUGUUUGCUUGUUCAAAUUAAUUGUCUGGUGAUGUUACUCAAAAGUUAUAUAUAUAACAUUAUAGCCACAUAUACAACUAGUAUAUUUUUCUCU